UUAAAAUUAAAUUAAUGAAACUAUAAAAAAACAAAAACACAAAUUGGCUUACUUUUGGGGAUUUUUUGAUUUUCGGCAGUGUUGUUGCCUAAAAGGCACAACUUAAAUGGCAAAUGCUUGUUGAACAGUUAAUAACGAUAAAAGUGGCGAAAAAAAAACAAAUAAAUUAGUAAAUAAAAUAUUUAUUUACAGUUACCGAACAAACUGUGAUUCUCCACAUUAAAAAAGAAAUUACAAUAAUAAAAAAUAAAAAAUUUUUAAGCAAGGAAAAGAGCCUUGUGUUCCACAAUUUUUGUACUAAACUAAAAGCAAAAAAAAAAAAAUAAUAAUAAUAAAACAAAAUCCACACUAAGGAAAUAUCCUCCCAUCGCUUAGCAAAAAAUCAUACUCUCGCAGAAACACCUAACACACGCCACCAACAACACGAAAUAAUUACUAUUUGCCUGUAAGCCACGCCUAAACCAGCGGCAAUAGGUCCUGGCCCAGGAGUGAGAGAUUUUUUAGUUGCCUGCACGCUUAACACGCUUAGAGAGAUCCUUGCAUGCACACACACACCCACACGCAUACAAACAGCCUUUGCAUGUACCACAUGUACACAUGCAUGUAUGCAUGUAUGUCUACAUAUGUGAGUUGUUGAGAACGCGCGCGCCUUAGAGCAAACUGUGCAAAAGAGUCAGUAAGCAAGCGAGAAGCGAGUGAACGCCUACAACGCGACUUAAAAUGCGAUAAAGACUCAAAGUGAUAAUCGUAAAUGUAUGUAUUCACAUUGAUAAGGAUUGACUCCAACAACAAAAAUCAGAACAACAAGCGCAACUAGAGUACCGAAACAAACAGACAACAAAAAAAUCACCAGCAACAAAAAUAAAAACACACCAACGCUGAGUGAAAUAUAUUAAAUUUGUGUUAAAAUUAUGAAAAAUAAAUACAAUAAGUAAUUUAAAAAACAAAAACAAAAAAACUUAAACCCAACCAUUCACAUGCUACCGCGUACGAGCGUGCAAAUACGAAAAUUCAAUAAAAAUCACUUUUAGUGUCCUUUUUUGCUUUUAAAGUAUUUCGAAAUUACAAAUCAAAGGAAAUUUUAUAAACAACAACAACAACAGCAAACACACUUAGCCAGCCAAAAUGGCAUCAUUUGUCUAUGCAGUUUGGAGUAUUACCAAUGUCGCCUCGGUGCAUUGUGCUGUGCGGCCCGAACUGUCGCCCUGUACCUGCGAACCCAUCUAUGCCGAUAACUAUGUGGAGCUGUCGUGCGAGAAGGUGGACUCGUUCCAUCAGAUUGUGGAUGCUUUGUCGAAUAAAUUUGAACCGGAUGUUAAUAUAAGCUUAAAAAUAUCACAUUCCCAACUGGAGGAUCUGGAAAUGCGUUCGUUUAUGGAUAUGAAAUUGAAGCUGGUGAAGUUACGUAUGCAAUGGAAUUCAUUGAAAUCGGUGCCUGAAUUACCUUUUCGAGGGUUAUCAAAUGUGGAAUAUCUGAGUAUUGGCGACAAUGAACUCGAAGAGAUCCCUAAGCACAUGCUGAAUCACAUGCCAAUUGUGAAAACAUUCGAUAUGGGCCGUUGUCGUAUACGUUCGGUACUGCAGGACGAUCUCAAAGGCACACAAAUGGUGGUGAAUCUCUUCUUGCCCAGCAAUAACAUAACACGUUUGGAUAAGGGUGCAUUCCCCACCAGUCUGGUCACUCUGCAUUUGGGUCGCAAUCAAAUUGAGCAUCUCAAUGGAACGCUUCGUCAUUUGGAUAAAUUGGAAUCGCUAUUUAUAAAUAUGAAUCGGAUUAGUAGUUUGGAUAAUGAAUUGCCGGAAUCGAAUCGUUUGAAAUUGAUUAUGGCGCAGAAUAAUCGCUUGGAGCUCUUGCCGGAGAGCAUGCGUUUCAUGCACAAAUUGGAGAAUCUACAUGUACAGCACAAUCUCUUGCGCACCUUCGAUGGCAUCUUUAAGCAUGCGCGGAAUUUGACGGAAUUUCAUGCGUUCAAUAAUGAGAUUGAAUAUUUGCGCCAGGAUGACUUUUUGGAAUGUCAGAUGUUGGAGGAUAUUGACUUUUCGGUUAAUCACAUUAAAUCUUUGAAUGGCUCACUCUUGCCGAUGAGUCGUUUGCGUCGUGCGAAUAUUUCGUACAAUGAAAUCGAAGAGUUCUCCAUGAAUGAGAUACGCGGCCUGGUGACUUUACAUUAUUUGAUAUUGAACAACAAUAAAAUUAAGCGCCUCACUGGCCAUCAGGAGAAUAAUAUCGAUCAGAAUUCAUAUUUGAUUGAAUUGGUUUUGGAUAAUAACGAAUUGAAGUCUUUAGAUGGCGCCUUGAUGGGCUUGAAUAGUUUGAAGCAUUUGAGCGUGGCCUUCAAUCAAUUGGAACGUAUCUUGCCCGAGGAUUUCAUUGGCUUGGCGAAGUUGGAAACAAUUGAUUUAUCCCACAAUCAACUAUUGACAUUGAAGGAAAUGGAAAGGACUUUCCUUCCGAAUUUGAGUAUUCUGAAUGCCGCACAUAACAAUAUUACAAGAUUGGAGAAGGACUUCCACGGUUUACCAGUGCUGUGCAACGCCAACUUGACCAGCAAUCAAAUAUCGUCGAUUUCCUCGGAUUUAGUUUCACAAACGAGAUGCAAGAAUCACAAUGUGCCCAACAAGUUGGCUUUGUAUUUAGAUGACAAUCCAAUACUUUGUGAUAAUCGUCUCAACGAACUCUGUCCCAUUAUGCUGAAGCAGGAGACCGAAAUCCAUGGCAAGUCGCAGUGUUUCGAGAGUGACCAAGAGGUUUGCACCGUCUUGCCCAUGUUGUUUGUCAAUAACUAUCCACUGUUGAUACCAACCCAGCUGAGUCAACAAGUUUUGGCCAAUGCAAAGCCGGUCGUUAUAGUGCCACUACUCAAUCCAACAAUAAACAAUGCCGAUGAUGUGUUGCCACCGUUGAUUGCGCCUUUGGGAAACCCAAUAAUAAAACCAUUAAUAAUUGCAGCACCGCUACCAACACUUACAACAACUUCAACCACCACCACCACCACAACACCAUCAACAACAACAGCAACAACGACUACCACUACCACCACUUCGACAGUCGAACCGAAUGCUGAAGCUCAUGUGGAAACUUUGGAAGCGCCAACGCAACUCGUCGCAACUGCUUUAGAAACCAAUGAAACUGGCGGCGCUGGCGAAAGUGCUAUUACCAAUACCACAAUAACCACGGCACCGAACACAGCCAAGGAAAAGCCAAAUGCUAUUGACUUGAAUAACAACACGAUGGACAUAACGGUUGGUAAAGGCAAAGGCGCUCUUGCUGGUGCUGCUGUCGAUGGCGAAGGAGCGCCGGAAACAGCAGUUGAUGAUGUAAAAGAGAUACUCGGUGCAACAGGCGCACAAGACGGACCCGAAAAGCCUGCCGAACAAGCCAUUUCGGAAUUAACUAAAAUCAUUGGCUCAGCACCAGUUGCCUUGGCACCAUCGCCAAUCGCUUUCGAAGCAGUGGUACUGCCACCUGAAACAGCAUCGAUUGCGCCAUUAACUGAGUACGCCACGGUGGAGUAUAUACCAAAUUUGGAUGAAUUCCUACCGGGAAAUCGUCCACCGCCGAACGUGCUUGAAGAGGAUUCGAAUUCGAAUUCGGUGCACGAAGAAUUCCCAUCGGUCGUAUUGGCCGAUCUCGAUAAUGCACCGCAAAGUCUACUAACACCAGAUGAGCCACCCGAAAAUCCUUAAGCUCCCAUGCAGAGACGCACAAAUCGUACUACAUAUUAUGCAAUUAUACAUAUUAUUACAUUUUAAGUUUCCCCUCGCCCUAUCUAACUGUAUGUGUAUCCCUGUUCGCCUCUAUGUAUUGUGCUGUCUACUACUUGUCCACGCCCUUUGCAGGUUAAUUAUAUUUUAAUUUAAUUUUUGAUUAUCACAUUUAGUUUUAGUAGUUAUAGUUGAAAUUAAUGAAUAAUUAAUAUUAUUACGAAUAUGUUUGUAUGUAUGUAUAAUCGUUUGUUUCAAUUUACAUAUGUACACAUGCACAUACGAAAUCGAUCCACAUCACACACACACUCGCGCACACAUACCACAAAACUCAAAACUCAAAACUCACACAUAUCCAACUUACAUAAGUCCAAUUUGCACACACACACACACACACACACACACACACAUAGGCGCAUAACCGCAAACAUAAAAUACAUUCAAAGAAAUCCAAUGCAAAAACAAUCAUUAUUAAUGUUAAACAAUAUUUCAAGAUUUAAGUUAUUAUUAUUAUUAUUAUUACAUGUAUUUUUUAAUUUCAAGUGGCUGUUGCACUUGUUGUAGCGAUUAACGAAAAAAGUGGAGAAAGUAUGCGAAAGAAAAACGAAAAUGAAAGUAGUUCCAAAAAAAAAAAAAAAUUGUAGAGAAUUAAUUUGAAUUAAAUCCCCUUCCACAUAUUCUGAAACUCUGCACAGAAUUUAACAACGCAUUGUUGUGAGCGCCAUCUUGCCAGAGAAACAAAAUUUUAAAAGCACAAGUCAAGCGAGUAAUAGAAAUAGAAACAGUGCAUUUGUGUAGCAUGCUUUUAGGCGCCAGCUAUAUCACAACCGUGAGAUGUUACAUUCUGUACAGGGCAUCAGGAUUUGGUUAGUAAUGUAAAUGUUGAUUUAUUGUGACUAAAAUAUAAAUAAGUUUAUAUUUUGUGAUUAUACCAAAAUUUAUUCACUUCUAUAUACAUACAUAGUAUAUGUGUUUAGAGAUGUUUUACAUAUAAUAUUACCUACAUAUGUAUGCUUAUGAUAAAUUACGUUUGGUUGAUUUAAAUAGGAAUUCAUUAUUUUAUUGAAGAAAAAUAAAACAUAUAAACGAA